AUAGGCUGGCUCCCGGUUUCAGUGUGUGGGAUUUGGAGGCAGCGAGUGCUGAGGAAGGAGCAGCGCUUGGCCGGGGCAGUGUCCGUGAGUGCUGCAGCACUGAGGGACGGGACGGGACGGGAUGGAUUCUUGGCCAGGCUGGGAAGGAGCAGAGCCAGCCGUGAGUCACUGCAGCCACCACAGAGGUUGGGUAAGAAGUGCAGCAGCACAAUUGGAGCAGCCCCGUGACCUCAGAGCUGAGCUGUGUAUUUAAGGUCUGGCUCGCAGAUGUUGCAGGAGGCUGGGGCAGUGCGCAGGCAGCCUGCAGAGGCACAGCCAGGAGGACACUGCCAGCCCCGAGAUGCUCGCACUGCUGCUCCUCUCUGCCCUGCUCUGGCACCGAGCUGCAGCCUGGGGCUUCAGGGAUGGCGUGCUGCACAACUCCAUCUGGCUAGAGCGGGCGGCCGGCGUGUACCACCGCGAGGCGCGCUCCGGCAAGUACCGGCUGACCUUCGCCGAGGCGCGCGCUGUGUGCGAGUACGAGGGAGGACACCUGGCCACGCUGCAGCAGCUGGAGGCAGCUCGGAAAAUAGGUUUCCACGUGUGUGCUGCUGGCUGGAUGGCCAAGGGCAGAGUUGGCUAUCCCAUAGUAAAAGCUGGAGCCAACUGUGGCUUUGGCAAGACUGGGAUUGUUGAUUAUGGAAUUCGCCUCAACAGGAGCGAGAGGUGGGACGCCUACUGCUACAACCCCAACGGAAAAGAGUGUGGCGGAGUCUUCACGGAUUCCAAACACGUUUUCAAGUCUCCGGGUUACCCGAACGAGUACGAGAACGAGCAGGUGUGCUACUGGCACAUCAGGGUCAGCUACGGGCACAGGAUCCACCUGCAGUUCCUGGAGUUCGACCUGGAGGAGGACACGGCCUGCCUGGCCGACUUCCUCGAGGUCUACGACAGCUACGACGACGUCAACGGCUUUGUGGGCAGGUUUUGUGGCGAUGAGUUGCCAGAUGACAUCAUCAGCACAGGGAAUGUGAUGACGCUGAAGUUCCUGACGGACGCCUCGGUGACCGCGGGCGGGUUCCAGAUCCGCUACUCCAGCCUGGACAUGCCCGCCCUGCCCAAAAACGCCUCAGCCCAGGGCAAGAGCCCCUUCCUGCCUGGGAAAUUUGGGAUCAUGUGAGCACAACCCCAGGCACACAAAGGCCCUUCAGACUGGACACCUGGCAGAUUUUUUCUGUCAUUUUUUUCAUCUCUUUCUGAGAUUUUUUCGUCUCUGAGUUUUUCUCUUAUAACUUUUCUAUGUUUUGGUAAUAAACUGCACUAGGGAAUAAAUUAUAAAAUAUACUUACAUGGAUAAUAGAGAAUUAUUUUUAGAAUACAAGUACUGUAAAAAUUGGAAGAAUUCAUUGCUACCAAAGACUUUAAAUUUGCUCCUUCUCCUCAGUUCUUGCACCACUUGAACAAACUCUUUGUGUGUCUGUCCUGAUUAUUUUUAAACUUAACAGGUUCUCCUCUCCUUUUUUCCCUUGAUUUCCACAUAUUUAUUUUUUAGACUGUUGCUUUUUUCCCCCUGUUCUCUGCACAUAUUAUUACUUGUUGUUUUUAAUUAACUGAUUUUCUUGAACUGGAAGAGCCUUCAGUGUGAGGUUAUUUCCAAGACACAAAAAUUCAUCUUGUGGAUGGCCUGGCAGCCACCAGGAGAAGACUGGGAAGCAGCACAGAGAGCACAGGAUCAGCUGGAUCCACACUUCCAUUUUCCUGGCAGACCCAUGGGUUCUGUCAGGCUUUCCUCAUCCAGAGAAUGAAGUCCUUUCAAAAGAAUUAAAGGAAUGACUUGGUAAGGAGAGUAAAGUGCUGAGAGGAAGCAGCAGAAGGAACUUCUCACCAGGCACGUUCAGAAGACACCACCGAGGUGCUGGACCUUGUUUACAGGGGUUUGAGACUGUCCUAGUUGCAAUUGCUGAAUUUAAAAUGCUUUCAGACUGCUCCAUGAAUUUAAAAUCCUUUCAGACUGUUCCAUGAAUUUAAAAUGCUUUUAGACUGUUCUACGAAUUUAAAAUGCUUUCAGAGUGUUCUAGUUGAAAUUCCUGAAUUUGAAAUCCUUUCAGACUGUUCUAUGAAUUUAAAAUCCUUUCAGACUGUUCUAGCUUAAAUUACUGAAUUUAAAUCCUUUCGGACUGUUCUAGAUGAAAUUGCUGGAUUUAAAUCCUUUCAGACUGUUCUAUAAAUUUAAAAUCAUUUAAGACUGUUCUAGUUGAAAUUGCUGGAUUUAAAAUUCUUUCAGACUGUUCUAGUUUAAAUUAAUGAAUUUUAAAUCCUUUCAGACUGUUCUAUGAAUUUUAAAUCCUUUCAGACUGUUCUAGAUGAAAUUGCUGGAUUUAAAUCCUUUCAGACUGUUCCAUUAAUUUAAAAUCAUUUAAGACUGUUCUAGUUGAAAUUGUUGAAUUGAAAUCCUUUAAGACUGUUCUAGUUGAAAUUGCUGGAUUUAAAAUCCUUUCAGACUGUUCUAGUUUAAAUUACUGAAUUUAAAAUCCUUUCAGACUGUUCUAUGAAUUUAAAAUCUUUUCAGACUGUUCUAGUUUAAAUUACUGAAUUUUAAAUCCUUUCAGACUGUUCUAGAUGAAAUUGCUGGAUUUAAAUCCUUUCAGACUGUUCCAGUUGAAAUUGCUGGGUUUAAAUCCUUCUCCUAUGUUUUUACCUGAAGCAGCAUUAAAGCUACCUCUGGUCCAAUCCCA